CCGUCACCGCUUCUUGGCGGGCUUCUAAUACUCACUUAUUAGUCAUUGUUCUGUGCUAGGCGCUGGGCUUCCAAGAAAAGUUAGCUGUGAAGUCUGAAGGGGAGGAGGUACUCAAAGUAAUGGCGGAAGCAGGCAUAUAAACUGCUAAAUUAUGCGACAGUGUAAUAAGAGAUAUCUUGGCAAUUUGUGUACUGCAAUGCUUCUGUAGAUGUUUACAGAGUUCUUGCAGAAACAUGUUAACUCCUUGCAAUAACUCUUAACCUCGCUUGACCCCGUUUUACAUUCGAGGAGACGAAAACUCAGGUUAAGUAAUAGGCAUAAGGUAGUGCUUGUAGUGUGUGACAGAGAUGAGCCUGGGACAGAAGGAAGUCUAGCGUCCUUUGUGCACUGCUACACUUUGGGGGUUUUGCCUACAGUAGACUUCCGUGCUGCUGAUCAUUUGUGGCAGUUGUCUGGUUAUGCAUCAGAAAUCUCUGAGGAGCUCUAGAAACCAAAGCCUGAACCCAUCUAUGGGAGAGUAUGAGUAAGGCAGCCCCGCAAGGAGGCAGACACCUUUGCUUGAAAAGACUCUACGGGCUGAGAACCGGUGCUCCCUAGGGACAGCUCCAGCAAUGAUGGAGAAAUCAGGGCCGGCAGAGGGCACUAAGUCAGCUGCCCCUCCUGCCAUGUAGUGAUUCAUAGUGUGGAAGGAAGCUAAUGGGAGGAAGAAGACUUGGCAGGGGAUGUGUGGACCGCCACACCCUGCCUGCCCUCAGCAAACCACAGCUAAACAUAUGCUGCCUUCUCAUACCGUAGUUCAGUGAAGCAGUUUCCUCAGCUCAGCAGGGUUCUCCUGGCCCUGCCUGAGCCAUAUUGCAGCUGUCUGAACAGAAGUGGCAGGUCUAGUCCCAUAUUUUUGCUGGCCUCAUACGUCUUGGUGCAAACCCAUGACGUGUAAGCCCAGCAGGUGUUUCAUCCUCUGGGGUGUGAUCCCGUUGCAGGGUCUAGGUGUUCUCUCACUUUGAGUUGGUUGACUUGGAGCAGGACUUUAAGCACCUUGAGGACAGGGACCAUAUCUUACUAAGGCAGUGUGAGGAUGUGGAACGAACCACAGGGUAAGGUUUAGAUCCUGGCUUCUGGAGUCAAGUCCCAGUUCUGCUGUGUGAACCUAAACAAGUCACUUGAUCUCUGAGCCAUAGUUUUCUGAGCAAUAUGUGUAGAGUAGCAGGACCUUAUAAGAUUGUUAUAAGAGUUAAAUGCAGUGGUGAGAUAACAAGCACUUAAUUAUAAAACAACACACACUAUACAUACCACACACACUAUACAUACCACACACACAGUUUAUCAUGGUUGUGUGCCUCCUGUUUGGCUGCGGUCUAGCAUUACAGGAGAUGAAGAUGGUUAAGACAUACUUCUGCUCAGAGCUCAAGACUGCUUCAGCUCUUGACUGCCAUGGCUUCUCUUUAUUCCAAGUAUUUGAUUGGGCCAAAGUGAGGAGGCAUCAUGGCCAUGGGUCAGAUUCUUGCUGAAGAAGAAAGGAGAAGGAAUGCUGUGAACGCAGUCUGAAGAAGGGGACCAGACAGCUAUCUGCACUCUUACAUGCAAAUGGCCCACUCCAGACUCCUGUUCGAUUUGGUUUCUGGUACCCUUCAGAAGGUCAGCUGGCGGGGCAAUGCCAGCCUCAUCGUGGAGUUUAUUUCAUGGUCCUCCAGCUCCUUUCAGCUGGAACAUAGGGACGCCUGAAAGUUGAGGAUGGCACAGAACCCAGGAGGCUGCCAUGGAGGGAGCAGCUCACAUCAUCCUGACCUUCUAGAACUGAGGAGAUGACAUCUGAUCCCUCCUGGUGGAGGCCCUUGGAUAUAGAAUCCAACCCAGGAUAGCAGCCCUGUUCUUUCAGUCCGCAGUCAUGACCCAGAUAGACCAGGAACUGACCUGAGUGAUCCUCAUCUCCGACCACUGGUGGCAGGGACCGUCUGUUUCCUGAUUUGUGCCAAGAAGAAUAGAAGGCUUCCCCGUUUGAGGUUGUUGUAUAUGAACUGCAUGUUUGGCAGCCCUGCUUGAUCCUCCAGGUCUCAGGAGGGACUUACAGCAGCUGUUUCUGGGCCAAAAGUUGCCCUGAAAGUGAUAUUUUUAUAACCUCUUCUUGGACCCUCCUCCUUCCCACUAAACAAGAAUGAGAAUAUCUUCUCUUCCAUCUCGUCCAUCCUGACAGCUCCAGAUUUCUGGCCAACUCCCUGAGUGCCCUGGUAACUGCACAAACUUCGAAAACCUGGUUGCUUCUGCCUCGGGGGCAUGGCCUAGCCUCUGCUCAUCAGGGCUGAAUCAUGGAAACUCCCUGGAGCCACAGGUUCAUUUCUGAGCCUGGAAGAGAACAGGGGAUUUGCUGGUAGGGUUUGACUUUUCUCAAGCAUGGUGGCAAGUAGAAGUUGGAACUGAAAACGUUUUUCUUGGCUGCAUCCACACAUAUUUCAAUGAGUUGGUACUUGUUGGGUCUUAACCUGCCUAUAGCAUCACGUUACAGACGAGAUCAGAGCACAAAAUACAAAGUGGCUAAGUGAAUUGUCACCAGUAAUUCAUAGAGUUGACUGGUAGAUGCCAAGACUAUUUUACUACUUUGGCUCAUGAAUAAGCCUAUUGUUUGACUUUCCAAAUCACUUCUGAGACUUAAGUUGGAGAGGAUACAGCACGGUGGUGUGUGUGAGGGGAUCUGAUGUCAGAUGCCCCUGGAUUCAAAUCCUGGCUUCCCCACUAACUACUUAUCCUUCCUCGGUUUCUUCAUCAGUGAAGAGGGGGAUAAUAACAGUACCUACCUGCUGGGUUGUUGUUGGAUUAAAUGUAAUUGGUGGUGCAUGGUUAACUUUUUAUUAAUCAUAAUAUCUUGACUUCGGAGUUGUGCUUUCACUCUGCCUACGUUGGGGGCUGGGGAGUUGAGGUCAUUCUGUGUCAGGGGGGUUCAACUUUGCCCAGUGGAAUCCCUUGGGGAGCCUUUGCAGAUCUAGGAUCAGGCCACACCAGACGGUGACAUCAGAACCUCUGGGCUUGGGACAGAGGCCUCAGUACUUGGUGUAGCUUCCAGGUGAUUCCAGUGAGCAACUGCAGUUGACACCCGCUGUGUUACCUUCACCACCGACCCAGCCAUGGCAGGCACAGGGAGCAGUUUGCCAUGGGGCAAGCAUCUGUUCAAAGUCAUCCUGGUGGUCCUCGUGGCCUUCCUCCUCCUCCACUCAGCAUCAUCCCAGUCCCAUCGAGACUUUGUGUCAUCAGACCAGCAGAAGAGGGAGGUCCCAGUUGAUCUCCUGAGCCAGAUAGGUCUAUCUGUGCGGGGAACACUGGAUGCCUGGAUUGGCCCAGAAACCACCCACCUGAUUUCUGAGACCUUGGCCCAGGUGAUGUGGGCCGUCUCAUCCGCCAUCUCUGUGGCCUUCUUCGCUCUGUCUGGGAUCGCCGCACAGCUGCUGAGUGCCUUGGGGCUCGAAGGAGAUCACCUCACCCAGGGCCUGAAGCUCAGCCCGGGCCAGGUCCAGACCUUCCUGCUGUGGGGAGCAGGGGCCCUGGUGGCCUAUUGGCUGCUGUCCCUGCUCCUCGGCUUGGUCUUGGCCUUGCUGGGGCGAAUCCUGUGGGGCCUGAAGCUGGUCCUCUUCCUGGCUGCCUUUGUGGCCCUGGUGAGGUCGGUACCCGACCCGUCCACCCGGGCCUUGCUCCUCCUGGCCUUGCUCACCCUCUACGCCCUGCUGAGCCGCCUCACUGGCACCCGGGCCUCGGGCGCCCAGCUGGAGGCCAAGGUGCGGGGGCUGGAGCGCCAGGUGGAGGAGCUGCGCUGGCGGCAGAGGCGAGUGGCCAAAGGGCCCCGAAGUGUGGAGGAGGAGUGAGGAGGACGCUGGACACCGCCACCUUCAUCGUACCAAAGAGCUGAGCUGCUUCUGGGUUUCACAGCCCUCCUCCAGCCCCCUGCCCCUCCCUUGCCCUGUCUCUGAACCUUCCGAACCUUGAUCUGGGCACCACACCCCUUAGCCGAGAGAGAGGAAGACCAUUCUGCUGGUCCUCAGGGGCCCUGUCUUCUGAGGUUC